AUGAAGUGUAAGAAACAUCUCACGGACCUCAGUAGCAGCGUCGGCGUCUGCGCCUCCUGCCUUCGUGAACGCCUAUUCGCCAUCAUCCAGGCACAGGCCCAGCAAGACCGCCGGAAAUCCGAGGCACAGCAACCGCCGCCCCUUUCGUUUCCCAGGUCCGUCUCCCCUUAUAUUUCGCGACGGAAGUCUGAAACAACCGCCGCCGCCACGUGGCAACUCCAAGGCGACCACCACCACCAGCAGCCGCAGCGGUUCUACAGCACUCCCCAGGUGGGGCCCACUGGGUCGAUUACGGUUGGGAUUAAGAAGAGUAAGGGAGGGAGUUUUUCUUCGCUGUUUUUGGGUCUCUUCAGAUCGAAAUCGGCGAAACCGGAUUUGGGCUCGGGUCCGAUUUCGGAUCCUGGAGUUUCAGUCGAUGCUUGCUCGGCUUCUCCCUCGUGGUUUUCCACCAUUAUCCCCGGCCGCCGGAAGAAGAAGAGUAGGACGUUCUCAAUCGACGAAAGCACGACCGGAGCGCAGCGAAGAACCUGCCGGAACCGCGAUCGAGGAAUGUCGCCUGCGAGAUACUCCGAUGACGAGGACGAGCAUUGCCACGGUGGAUCAAGCGGCUACUCAUCCGAAUCCUCCCAAGGCUGGAGGCAGACCCCACGCAGGACUCCGGCGUCGAUGCGACGGGGCGGAGGGAGAGCGACGACGGGACACAACAAAAACGUAUCGGGCUUGGGUUUCUGUUUGAGCCCUUUGGUUCGAGCCAGCCCGAACCAUCACUGGAAUCAGAAGGGAGUGCCGCCGGAGAUGGUGGUGGCGGGGGAAUCCAGGUUUCAGCAGAAGCCACACCUCUCCACGGCGGCGUCGUUUUGCAAGAAUCGGUCCCGAAAACUCGCCGAUUUCGGUAGGUACAGCCACAAACCCACUUGA